AUGGGUUCACAGAUAAAUAUACGAACGGGUAAGGAGUACGCUGAUGAAGAGUUGGGCCUAUUAAAGACUCAGCCAAUUCUUCAAAAUUAUGAACAGCUGAAAGUAUCAGAAACAGCACAACCGAUUUUACUGGAAUCGACUGUGACGUGUAAUGAAAUCGAAAAGGCAAAAGUCGCAGAAGAAUCAGUUACUGACCAUAACCGCCUACAAGCUAUGGAUCGAAACAGCAAUUCCAGAAAUAUUUCUCAUUUACGUAAGUCACGGACAUCGGAAAAACGCAGAGCGACUUCGUACGGAUCCGAAUGUUACCAUCCAAAAUGUUCUCAUCAAAUUUCCCAUCGCUCUGUACCUUCCAAUGCAAGCGUAAAGCAACGCAAUUGUCAACAGUGUUCAGAUGUUUAUGACAAUGUGAAAAAUGGUUCAUGUUGUGGCGGUAUGUGUAAAAUAAAUAGUUAUAAUUCAGGAACGACUGGUGCAACUCAUACGAAUGAACCAGUAAAAAAUAAGGAGGAUGAAGCUACUCAAACAUCCUACAGUAUUUAUCAGAAGAUGACCCAUUGUUCAAAACCGAUUCAUCAACAAGUUCGGCCGGAGAGCAAUUUUAUUAAAGCAAAUGUAUAUUCAUGCCAGAAGUGUAUUUGUAAAGGGAUUCGUGAGCAAUCGAGUCGAAACCGUCGUUGUGUAAGGUCGUCCACCGUUAAUGCAAUAAAAUCCCACGCUUGGAAUCAGAUGCUAUCAGCGUCAAACCAUCACCGCAAAGCAAAGUGCAGACAUUCCAUUCACAUAAUUGGUGGACCAAGCCAUCAAAAUAGGCCAAAGCAUGAUGUUUUAAAGUGCUACGGCUGUGGACGACUUACUCUUCGUAAAUGUUGCAAUGGUAGAAGCAUCGGUGUUCACCACUGUUCGGCUUGUCAUCUUCACAGCAAUGGUAAAAAUCAUUCAAGCGGUUUUCGUCAUACCUAUUACCGUAAACAUCACUAAUUUCCCGAGCAACUGGACCGAUAAAUUUCUCCCUCGAAGCUAUCGUUGGCACUGAUAUCAUCGAUAAUCGUCAUUCUACCAAAUGGAAAUGAAAGCUUUCGGAAUAUUGAUUUUUUGACAAUACUACUCUAAUGACAUUCACU